UCGACGACUCGAGCUCAAACGAGAUGGAUUCGUUCAGCAUCCUUGAUCCGGCGCCAGUUUUGGUGUCACUGGCUGGUGUGUUCUUGGCCAUCUUGGUAUGGAGGUGGAUGACCCAGAAGAGGUACGCCAAGCCCCUUCCUCCUGGGAGUUUGGGACUCCCCUUUGUCGGAGAGACGCUGCAUUUGCUCCAUUCCAUGAAGACCAACAAGCCGUGGGAGUUUUUCGAGUCGCGGGAGAAGAAGUAUGGCCCGGUUUUCAAGACCCAUCUGUUUGGAUCGCCCACGGUGGUGGUGAAUCCCCCCGAUGGAUUGAAGCUCAUCUUCACCAAUCACAACAAGCUCGUCCGUGGCUCCUGGCCCAGCUCCAUGAGGAAGCUCGUCGGGGAGCGAUCGCUCUUCUUCAUGGAGGGCGACGAGGCCAAGCGCUUCCGCCACAUCCUGCUCGCGUUCCUGGGCCCCGAGGCGCUGCAGCGGUACGUGGGAAGAACGCACGCUACGAUCCAGAAGCACGUCGAGGAGAAUUGGAUCGCGGGUGGUGAGAUCAAAGCGUAUCACUCCGUCAAGGAGGCGCUCUUUGCUGUCAUCUAUGAUCUCUUCCUGAGCGUGGCCGACGAGAAGGAGCAGCAGGAGCUCCUGGAUCCCUUCCGCGUCGUCCUUCACGCGUUGCUCGAGCUCCCAAUCGAUUUCCCGGGAACGGCGUUCUCCAAGGCCAUGGCUGGCCGCCGGGAGAUCAUGGCGAAGCUGGACCGGAUGAUCGAGCAGCGGCGGCUGGAUUUGCAGAGCGGGAAGGCGUCCGCGCAGCAAGAUCUCCUGUCGGUGCUGCUGGUCACCAAGGGCGAAGAUGGGCGGGGCAUGACCGACGAGGAGAUCAAGCAAAACAUCCUGAUGCUGGUUCUUGGAGGCCACGACACGAGCUCCAGCUCCCUCGGCAUAGCCAUCAAAUACAUCGCGGAGAAUCCAUCCUGCUACGACGAGCUCCGUAAAGAACAUUUGGAAAUUGCUGCUUCCAAAAAGGCUGGAGAGCCACUUUCCAUUGCUGAUGUCCGGCGCAUGAAGUAUACCUGGAGAGUGGUCCAAGAAGGCAUGCGCUUCGUGCCACCCACCAGUGGAGUUAUUCGUCGGGCUAUUGUGGACUUUGAGAUGGAUGGCUACACAGUUCCACAAGGAUGGCAGCUGUUUGGAUCCAUGUACCAGAGCAACAAGAAAGAGAAGUUCUUCCCUGAGGCCGAGAGCUUCAAGCCGGACAGGUUCCUCGGCACGGGCCCGGUUCCUUACUCGUACAUCCCAUUCGGUGGAGGGCCUCGGAUGUGCCCCGGUUACGAGCUUGCCAAGGUCCAAGACUGCGUGUUUUUGUACCACAUUGUCACCAGGUUCAAGUGGAGCUUGUGUGACCCGAACGAGAUCGUGCAAAUGGCUCCACUGGCAGCACCACUCAAGGGCCUUCCCAUCAAGCUAACCUCCAAUCCAAUCUAGACUGGGUCGGACAGGGAUUAAGUGUUGAAACGAUUCAUGAGAAAAUAAAAAUUGCGGAUUCUA